UAUCUGUAAAAGAAAACAAACCCAUUUUGCUUCUUUUUAUUCUGUGUUUAGAGAUCUGUCAAUCUUUGUUUCUUCUUCAGUUUUUCCUUUUCUGGGAAUCGUUGAUCCUGUCUCGGAGAUGGCGGAAACAGACCAUUGUUGCUCCACUCAGUUGAUUGAUGGAGAUGGAGAGUUCAAUGUGGUUGGACUCGACAACUUCAUUCGGACCACUAAGCCCUCUAACUGUGGCCUCUCUUACGCCGUCGUAGCUAUCAUGGGCCCCCAAAGUGGCGGGAAGAGCACCCUGUUAAAUCAUCUUUUCCAGACAAAUUUUAGGGAGAUGGAUGCAUUCAGAGGAAGAAUUUAAACUACGAAGGGUAUUUGGAUUGCAAACUGUGUUGGCAUAGAACCUUUCACGGUUGCCAUGGAUUUGGAAGGUACUGAUGGAAGAGAAAGAGGCGAGGAUGACACAACAUUUGAGAAACAAAGUGCCCUUUUUGCCUUGGCCGUUGCAGAUAUUGUUCUAAUUAACAUGUGGUGUCAUGAUAUUGGUCGGGAGCAGGCUGCCAACAAACCACUUUUGAAAACAGUUUUUCAGGUUAUGAUGAGAUUAUUUAGCCCCCGGAAAACAACACUGCUUUUUGUUAUACGUGAUAAAACAAAGACUCCUCUUGAAUAUUUGGAGCCUAUCCUUAGGGAAGAUAUUCAAAAGAUAUGGAAUGCAGUUCGUAAACCCGAGUCCCAUAAAGAUACCCCCCUCAGUGAAUUCUUUAAUGUGGAGGUCACUGCUUUAUCAAGCUUUGAAGAAAAAGAGGAUUUGUUCAAAGAGCAGGUUUCUGAACUAAGACAGCGCUUUUUCAACUCUAUUUCUCCGGGGGGACUUGCUGGUGAUAGACAGGGUGUUGUCCCUGCAUCUGGAUUCUCUUUUAGCGCACAGCAGAUAUGGAAAGUUAUAAAAGAGAACAAGGAUCUGGAUCUUCCUGCACACAAGGUAAUGGUUGCCACAGUUCGUUGUGAAGAGAUUGCAGAUGAGAAGCUCCAUCACUUGGCUUCUAAUGAGGAUUGGUUAGCAUUUGAAGAAGCUGUUCAGCGUGGACCAAUAUCUGGUUUUGGGAGCAAGCUGAGCUUUAUCCUAGAAACCUACUUUGCAGAAUAUGACAAGGAAGCUUUAUACUUUGAUCAAGGUGUAAGAAAUGCAAAACGGAAACAACUAGAAUCAAAAGCUUUAGAUUUUGUGCAUCCUGCUUAUCUUAACCUGUUGGGACAUUUACGCUUCAAAGCACUUGAAGAUUUCAAGUUAAGAUUGGAACAAAUGCUGAAUAAAGGAGAAGGAUUUGCUGUUUCUGCUCGUACAUGUACCCAGUCUUGUAUGCUUGAAUUUGACCAAGGAUAUGCAGAUGCUGCCAUCAAGCAGGCUAAUUGGGAUACUUCUAAAGUAAAGGAAAAACUUCGACGUGAUAUUGAUGCCCACACAUUAUCUGUACGAGAUGCAAAAUUGUUUGAGUUGAUGGUUAGCUAUGAGAAGCAACUUAGUAAAUCACUAUCUGAACCAGUGGAGUCUCUAUUUGAUGCUGCUGGAAGAGACACCUGGGCUUCAAUAAGAAAGCUUCUUACACGUGAGUCUGAGAUUGCCGUAUCAGAGUUUUCAGCUGCCAUUUCUGGUUUUGAGUUAGACCAAUCGACAGUUGAGAAAAUGCUGCAAGAUUUGAGGGAUUAUGCGAGAAAUGUGGUGGAGAAGAAAGCAAGAGAAGUAGCUGGAAAUGUUCUGAUCUGCAUGAAGGAUAGGUUCUCAACUGUCUUCAGUCAUGACAAUGAUUCAAUGCCAAGAGCUUGGACUGGAAAAGAAGACAUUAAGACAAUUACUAAGGAUGCUCGUACUGCGUCUCUGAGGUUCUUAUCUGUUAUGGCUUCCAUACGAUUGGACGAGAAACCGGAUGAAAUCGAAAACACACUGUUUUCAUCUCUUAUGGAAGAACCAAUGACUGCUGCAUCUUCAGUGGACAGAAGUAUAACAUCUUCAGACCCUCUUGCCUCUAGUUCCUGGGAGGAGGUUUCUCCAAAAAAUAUCCUGAUUACACCAGUUCAAUGCAAGUCAUUGUGGAGACAGUUUAAUGCAGAGACUGAGUAUACAGUUACUCAAGCAAUUUCAGCACAGGAGGCUUACAAGCAAAGUAACAACUGGUUACCUCCCCCGUGGGCAAUUAUGGCAAUGGUUGUCCUUGGCUUUAAUGAAUUUAUGCUCCUUUUAAGGAAUCCUCUCUAUCUCAUGGUUCUAUUUGUUGCAUAUUUACUCUCAAAAGCCAUGUGGGUUCAGAUGGAUAUCCCAGGGCAAUUUCAACAUGGCACUCUGGCUGGGCUAAUCUCUAUCUCGUCGAGGUUUCUUCCCACCGUCAUGAACCUUCUUAAGCGACUCGCGGAAGAGGCUCAAGGCCAUCAAACUCCCGAUGCUCCCAGGCAACAAUCGCCGCUGGCUUUUCAAAGUUUCAAGAAUCAAAAUAAUCUGAACCCAACAAGCACAAUUCCAGAGUCAUCUGUAUCAUCCAACAUUUCAACGUCUGAUGUUGGCAUCGAGUACUCGAGCCCUAACUUAACACACAAAAGAAGUACAUUAGUUCGAGAAGCACAGAUUUCUUAAUAAAAAGGUUAGCCAUGUAAAAUGUAUACCAAAACAGGUUAAGCUACUCCCUGAUC